GUGGGGAAAUGGAAGGAAAAAAAGUUGCAGAUGAAGUACUAUGUGUGGCCCCGCUUUGAGCUAUAUCCAGACUCCGAGGAGCGUGAGGACGAUCACCUGAGUAUCGUGACCUUGGAAGAGGCACCGUUCGUCAUUGUGGAAAAUGUGGACCCCCUGAGUGGCACCUGCAUGAGGAACACAGUCCCUUGCCAAAAACGCAUAGUGACUGAGAACAAAACCGAUGAGGAGCCAGAUUACAUGAAGAAAUGUUGCAAGGGGUUCUGCAUUGACAUCCUCAAGAAAAUCUCAAAGUCUGUCAAGUUCACCUAUGACCUCUACUUGGUGACUAAUGGCAAGCAUGGCAAAAAGAUCAAUGGGACAUGGAAUGGAAUGAUUGGAGAGGUCGUCACCAAACGAGCCUAUAUGGCUGUGGGAUCCCUCACCAUUAAUGAGGAGCGUUCAGAAGUGGUGGAUUUCUCUGUGCCCUUCAUUGAGACGGGAAUCAGCGUCAUGGUGUCACGUAGCAAUGGAACUGUCUCACCUUCUGCCUUCUUAGAGCCAUUCAGUGCUGACGUAUGGGUGAUGAUGUUUGUGAUGCUGCUUAUCAUCUCUGCGGUGGCCGUCUUUGUCUUUGAGUACUUCAGCCCUGUGGGCUAUAAUCGGUGCCUUGCUGAUGGCAGAGAGCCAGGAGGUCCCUCUUUCACCAUUGGCAAAGCUAUCUGGUUGCUGUGGGGGCUGGUCUUCAACAACUCUGUGCCAGUGCAGAAUCCCAAGGGUACCACUAGCAAGAUCAUGGUGUCGGUGUGGGCUUUCUUCGCUGUCAUCUUUCUGGCCAGCUACACUGCCAACCUGGCUGCCUUCAUGAUCCAAGAGGAAUACGUGGACCAGGUGUCUGGCUUGAGCGACAAAAAGUUCCAGAAACCCAACGACUUCUCACCCCCUUUCCGCUUUGGGACAGUUCCCAAUGGCAGUACAGAAAGGAAUAUUCGCAACAACUACCCUGAAAUGCACAGCUACAUGGUGAAGUUCAAUCAGAGGGGAGUGGAUGAUGCACUGUUCUCACUGAAGACUGGGAAGUUGGAUGCUUUCAUUUAUGAUGCAGCAGUGCUGAACUACAUGGCUGGCAGAGAUGAAGGCUGCAAACUGGUGACGAUUGGAAGUGGGAAAGUGUUUGCCUCCACCGGCUAUGGCAUUGCCAUCCAAAAGGACUCAGGCUGGAAGCGCCAGGUUGAUCUUGCCAUUCUACAGCUUUUUGGAGAUGGAGAGAUGGAGGAGCUGGAAGCAUUGUGGCUCACUGGCAUUUGUCACAAUGAGAAGAACGAGGUUAUGAGCAGCCAGCUGGAUAUAGAUAACAUGGCAGGUGUCUUCUACAUGCUGGGAGCAGCCAUGGCCCUCAGUCUCAUCACCUUCAUCUGUGAGCAUCUCUUCUACUGGCAAUUCCGCCACUGCUUCAUGGGUGUCUGUUCUGGCAAGCCUGGUGUGGUCUUCUCCAUCAGUAGGGGUAUCUACAGUUGCAUCCAUGGCGUGGCCAUCGAGGAACGCCAGUCAGCAAUGAACUCUCCCACGGCGACUAUGAACAACACCCAUUCCAACAUCCUCCGCCUACUUCGGACAGCCAAGAACAUGGCCAACCUGUCAGGGGUCAACGGCUCACCACAGAGUGCCCUGGACUUUAUCCGCCGUGAGUCGUCUGUCUACGAUAUCUCUGAGCACCGCCGCAGCUUCACCCACUCAGACUGCAAGUCAUACAACAACCCCCCCUGCGAGGAGAACCUCUUUAGUGACUAUAUUAGUGAGGUGGAAAGGACCUUUGGCAAUCUGCAGCUGAAGGACAGCAAUGUAUAUCAGGACCACUACCACCACCACCACCGCCCCCACAGCAUUGGCAGCACCAGCUCCAUUGAUGGGCUCUACGACUGUGACAACCCGCCCUUCAACGCCCAGUCACGAUCCAUUGGGAAGAAACCCUUGGACCUGGGUUUACCCCCUGCCAAGCACAGCCAGCUGGGUGACCUUUACGGCAAAUUCUCCUUCAAGAGUGACCGCUACGGGGGCAGCGGGACCCAUGACGACCUGAUCCGCUCGGACGUCUCUGACAUUUCCACUCAUACAGUCACCUACGGCAACAUCGAGGGCAACGCAGCCAAACGACGGAAGCAGCAGUACAAGGACAGCCUGAAGAAGCGCCCAGCCUCUGCCAAGUCCCGGGGGGAGUUUGAUGAGAUAGAGCUGCCCUACCGCCGGCGCCCGCCCCGCUCGCCUGACCACAAGCGCUACUUCAGGGACAAGGAAGGGCUACGGGACUUCUACCUGGACCAGUUUCGGGCCAAGGAGAACUCGCCUCACUGGGAGCACGUGGACCUGACGGACAUCUACAAAGAGCGGGGAGAUGAGUUUAAGCGUGACACAGGAGGAGGAGGAGGAGGAGGAGGAGGAGGAUCCUGCACCAAUACGGACCACCACAAUUUGGAGGGGAGCCCCUACGCCCACAUGUUUGAGAUGCCAGCCAGUGAGACCACCUUUGCCAACAACAAGUCCUCAGUGCCCGCCACCAGCUACCACCACCACAACAACCCCGGCAGCAGCGGGGGCUACAUGCUCAGCAAGUCGCUCUACCCCGACCGGGUCACCCAAAACCCUUUCAUCCCCACUUUUGGGGAUGACCAAUGCUUGCUCCACGGCAGCAAAUCUUAUUUCUUCAGGCAGCCUGUGGUGGCAGGGGGGCCCAAAGCGACGUUUUUUUUUGUCACCACCAACAAGCCGGUGGUCUCAGCCCUUCAUGGGGCUGUGCCAGCCCGUUUCCAGAAGGACAUCUGUAUAGGGAACCAGUCCAACCCCUGUGUGCCUAACAACAAAAACCCCAGGGCUUUCAAUGGCUCCAGCAACGGGCAUGUUUAUGAGAAACUCUCCAGUAUUGAGUCUGACGUUUGA